AUGACCGUAUUUGCGGUGAGCAAGGAGCUCCCUGAGGCACUGCAGGGCCUGCAGCCUGCCCCCCUGUGGCGCUUCUUCGGGGAGCUCUCCUCCAUCCCGCGUCCCAGCUACAAGGAGCAAAAGGUGCUGGACUGGCUCAAGCUCUUUGCCGAGGAGCGCGGCCUCGCCUGGUCCCAGGACGCGGCGGGCAACCUGGGCCACAUCGACAUGGUCACAGAGAAGAACGCGGACGUGCAGCAUGAUUUCGAGGCCGACGGCAUCCGCCUCGUCCGCCGCGACGGCUGGGUCACGGCCGACGGCACGACCCUGGGCGCCGACAACGGCAUCGGCGUGUGCGCCGCGCUGGCGGUGCUGGACUCCCCGCCCUCCAUGCCGCUGCCCCCCUUGGAGGCCCUGUUCACCGUGGACGAGGAGGUGGGCAUGACGGGCGCGCUGCGCCUGGACCCCGGUCUGCUGACGGGGCGCGUCAUGCUCAACCUGGACACCGAGGACUGGGGCGACAUCUUCAUCGGCUGUGCGGGCGGGGGCGACAGCGCCCUGACCCUGGACCUGCCCCUGGAGCCGCUGGCGGGCGCGGCGGGCGGCUGGGGGGCGCGCGGCUUCCGCCUGGGUGGCAUGCUGGGCGGGCACUCAGGCCUGGAGAUCGGCGAGGACCGGGCCAACGCGCUGCGCCUGGCCGCGCGCGCCACUGCGGCGGGGCUGGCGGCCGCGCCGGGCGUGCGCCUGCUGGCGCUGUCCGGCGGCGACAAGCGCAAUGCCAUCCCGCGCGAGGCCGGGUUCCAGCUGGCCGCGCCGGACGCCGGGGCGCUGGAGGCCGCCACGGCUGCGGUGCGCGCCGCGGCCGACGCCUUCCGCCUCGAGUAUGGCGCGCUGGAGAUGGGGCUGGCCCUGACCGAGGAGGAGGUGGGGUCCGAGGCACGGCGUGCGGGGCUGACCCCAGCCGCCGCCGACCGCCUGCUCCUCCUCCUCCUCAUGCUGCCGCACGGCGUCAUCAAGCACAGCCACACCGUGCCGGGCUUGGUGGAGACGAGCAGCAACCUGGCGUCGGCCACGAUCAAGCGGCGCACGCCCGAGUCGCUGACCGUGGAGCUGGUGACCUGCACCCGCAGUAGCCUGGACAGGGCGCUGGAGGACGUCCGGCAGGGCAUCGCGCGGCUGGGCAGGGCGGCGGGGGCGACUGUUCACCAGGACGCCGCCUACCCCGGCUGGGUGCCCGAACCGGACGCGCCGGUGGUGCAUGCCGCGGCGGCGGCCAUCCAGGGGGUGACGGGCAAGGCCCCCGCCGUCAAGGCCAUCCACGCGGGGCUGGAGUGUGGCAUCAUCGGGCAGAAGUUGCCCGGCGUGCAGAGCGUGUCCUAUGGCCCCACCAUCCGCGGGGCCCACAGUCCCGACGAGAGGGUGGAGGUCGCCACGGUGGCGCCCUUUUACGAGGCCACCCUGGCCCUGCUGCGACGGCUGGCGCAGGCCGCCUGA